CUGUGAUACUAACGAUCGAUACAAAAUCAUACUGGUUAGAAUUGAGAUAUCAAGGCAUAUUGUUGACCAUUUCAGAGUGUUCCCAGUAUCUGGAUAACAUUUCGAAAUUCUGACUUGAAGAGAGCAUUCCACGUCCACGACACACUCUAGUUUAUGAAGUUACUUGAUGGUGAUGAUACUGUCUGUCACGGUGAAUGGAUUACACUAUAUAAACUGUACCAGUCCUUCGUUAUCUGGGAUGAAAGCUGGAAAGAUCUCAUCUAGAAUGAUGUAAAAAUCAAUACACAUCUACGCAUGACUAUCGAGAGAGCCGGCGUAACCUACCUCUGCUCCCAUUCAUCCUGUACCAGAAAAUGUCGAAUUCGCCUGUUUCGCCUGUUUCGCCAUGCCAACAGAUGGCGCUAUCCAAUAUUGAUUGAAACCUGAAUCCGGACUGUCACAAGGGUGCAGUGUAAUGGACAGAACACAAACGUCCGGAGCUGGCUUUAAAAUGACGGUAACCCGAGGGCGAUAUCCUGUUAUAAUUGACCCCAGAUGUUUAGCAUGGCCGAACAGCCACCAGAUAAUAGUCUGAGGGUUGGAGAUAGACAUCAAUUAAAAUGGUCGACUGUUGGCUGUGUGGUGUAAUGUAUGGAUCUCUGUGAUAUUUAUAUUACUGGAAUUUAACAAACAAAACAACAAACCCUGGUAAAUAAGUUAAAUCAACAUAUCUGUGAUUGUUAUUUCAAUAUUUUAUAUAUAUACGUAGUGUGUGAUCAGACGAUAUACCGGUGAUUUAUAUAUAAAAAGUGAAAGUCUUUCAUUCAAAGUCAACUAAUUGAAUAUUCAUAGUUCAAUCAGUCGCAUACAUAAUUUCCAUGUGUUUGCUUUGAAAUGGAAACACCUUUAUCGCUCAGCUGUCGGAGUUUCUACUGAGGUGUAUAUAAGUAACAGCAUUGUGAGCUGUAUUACCACUGACCGUGGUCAGCUUGUACCUUGACGGAACAAUAUCUUGACAUACAAUCAUAGUGUUGCUUCACCGCAGGAUACAAGAGCUUUCGCCUGAAGUUUUACUACGCGAACAUUCCAUGUGUAUAAGCGAGUAUAUUUACAAACAUUUCGCUACAGCGACUUAUCAAGAUGUGUUUAAAACGCCAUUGACAGAAGCACCGUAUCUUAUUUUCAUUUGAUGCCGAACGUUUACCAUUGAUUUACGAGGAUAUUAGGAAUGUGUAUUUUUACAAGAAUAUUUUUUUUUUUUAUAAACGUACAUUUUAAACUUUUCUUAAAUUUUCAGGACUACACACGUAAUCGCCGCUAACCUUGCUGUAAGAGGAAUUUCACACUGGAAAACGUUUAUUUUUUAAACACAUACUACUAAUCAAAAAAUAUUCGUGUGUCAUAUUUUCGUGAUGGAUACGUACACAGGAAAACAGCUUAGGAGUGUGUUAUGGUUUUAUUUACUUUCGAUAGUUGGAUCAACAUUACUCGACUGUGCCGAACAUUGUCAGUGUCGAUAUGUCGAAGCUGGUAAUCACAAAAUCGUCAUGGAAUGUAAACUAGUAAACACAAUCGACUCCAUUCCAGUCAUGUCAUCAACGGAGGAGAUGGAAAACGUGGAAGAGUUGAUAAUUGAGGACCAAGCAAAGCUCACAGAAUUGACCAAUGCCUCCUUGCAGUUUUACCCAAACCUACAGAAAUUAACAAUUGAAAACUCUGGGCUGCAGUAUAUAUCACCGGAGGCUCUUAAACGGAACAAGGAACUCAGGAGUAUAUCGCUCAGGAGAAAUAAGAUUGAAUCUCUUUCCUGGGAAAUUAUUGACGGCCCACACGUUCAUCAGUUGAUUGUGGAUGGCAAUCCCCUGCCCUGUAAUUGCACAAGUAUCUGGCUACAAUUUCUAUUGAAUAGAAAGUCUGCUUUGGUUUCCACUGGCAACUCCAUCACGUGUAUUGAGAAUAGAGACAACGUGCUGACAGAAAUGGAUCUCUCAAAGGCAGACAUCACCGGUUGUGAUCUGCCAAAGGUUGAUAUAUCUCAGUCACUCAUUAUUGUAAACACGAGUGAUUCUGUACACGUGACUUGUCGAGGUGAAGGUCAGCCUCAACCGAUUGUGGAAUGGGACAUGUCACGCCUUAAAUCCAACUAUACUGUUCAGACGUCAGAAGACGGACAUAUCCAGAACCUGACAAUAUUGUCUGCAAAUCCAUUGGACACUGGGGGCAUACCGUGCAGUUCAAGAAAUGUGGCGGGAAAAGUCACAGUGGAAAUGAGAUUCAAAGUCAAUUCUGCUCCAAAAAUCACGAAGCUUACACAACCAAAACACAAUUUCUACUACUGUAUAAAAUACGAAAUCAUAGGAUAUCCCAGACCGAAAGUGGAAUGGUUUCACGGAGGAAAAAAACUCGUCAUGACAGACAAUAGGUUUGAUGAUAAUAAAAAUAUGAACAGUAUGAAGAACAUCACUGGUUGUUUAACGUUCACGAUGAUAGCUCCUCAAAACAACGGACGGUAUACAUUAAAAGCAACCAAUGAAUUUGGAGAAGAUUCCCGACACAUCGAUGCUGACUUCCAGUUUGGAGGGUCCAAACAUGGCGGCGCCUACAAAGGUAUUCCGCCGUUAAACAUGAAGCCGCCACAAACUGAUAGCUAUAACGACAAAGAAAUCCAGAACGGGCCUCAACUGGAAACGGCCAGCAACGAUACACUUAUUAUUUACAUCGGAACUGGAUCAGCACUGCUGGCGGUAUCUGUUCUUGUUGUUAUCGUUGUAUUCAUCAUACGUAAUUUCCGGCGGAAGUUGACUCGGCAGACGACGGAAACACAGUUCGCCUCCAAUGGAUCCCGCCGACCAUUGCUACAAACAACGAACCAGAGCUACCAACACACACGCGUGGUUGCACAGGAGUCCAUGCCAAUCCGGGCACAUACAGUUGUAGAAAAUCCCCAUUAUGGUCAGAAGAACGUGAGGCUUAAAAAUGAAUCAUCUAUUCGACACAUACGUCUGGAUAAUUUAUCGUUUCUACAUGAACUUGGUGAAGGUGCCUUCGGACGUGUAUUUCUUGGCACGUGUCUCAAUCUGACAGCGGACGCCGAAGUGACCACAGUAGCUAUUAAGACACUUAAGGAUACAUCGGUUGAAGACUGCAAAGCCAAUUUUGACCGCGAGGCAGAGUUGCUGACUAAUAUUUUGCAUGAAAACAUCGUUAUGUUUUACGGAGUAUGUUGUGAAGGAGAUAACUUCAUGAUGAUUUUCGAGUACAUGGAAAAUGGAGAUUUAAACAAUUACCUCAGGAGUCACGGACCAGACGCAAAGUUAAUGUCGAAGCGAUCAGGAAGUAUAGAUACCUUAUCCAAAACAGAACUACUUCAUAUAUCUAACCAGAUAGCCACUGGCAUGGAAUACCUGGCGUCACAACACUUCGUCCAUCGAGACCUAGCCACUCGCAAUUGCCUGGUUGGGGACAAGCUUGUCGUGAAAAUAGGCGACUUCGGAAUGUCUCGGGACGUUUACAGUACAGAUUAUUAUAGGGUCGGUGGUUCGGCGAUGUUACCUGUCCGGUGGAUGCCUCCGGAGUCAUUACUAUACAGAACCUUUACGGUGGAGUCCGACGUUUGGAGUUUCGGAGUUGUGUUAUGGGAAAUAUUUACAUAUGGGAGACAACCUUGGUAUGAACUCUCCAAUCAUGAGGUUAUCCGCCAUAUUACGGACGGGAGUCUUCUGGAGAAUCCUAGCACGUGCACGGAUGAGGUUUACGGCAUCAUGCAGGGAUGCUGGGAGCGCCAGCCUCACGAUCGCCUGUGUAUGAAAGAUAUCAAAAAUAGGUUGGACAAAUUAUGUAUGAGUCAGCCAACCUACCUUGACUUAAUAGCUUGAUCUGCGUAUGUGAAGAAUGGAGGAUAUAUUUGAAGGGAUAAAUAUACCAAAAGAGUUGUAAAGCCUACCGUUACUAGGAAACAUAGUUUCCAAUGGACAGGAUUUCCUGUAAAUGAGUGGGCGAUGACAUAGUUGAACCUGGAUAACAUCUGUCUCGGUUGACCUCGAUUUUCCAUUCAAUUGUUAUUUCGUACAUGUUCACAUGUUAUUGUACGUACUAGGUCACCAAUGGUGGGUUGUUGUCAAAUGACAGUACAUAUUGUACUAGUCAUCGAACUAAAUUCGCUUCACUGGUUGUGCUAUAUGAUCCUGGUUACCAUAUAUAUGUGUAUGUCAAUCUGGUCACGUGAUAUAAUUCAAUCAACGUCAUUGGUGCACUUCACGGGCAUUUGUUUUAAUGAAGAGGUGAAACCGCUGUGAAACCCAGCUGGAGUAAACGUUAGGAUUUCACUGACUACAAAUAGGUGAAUAGAACGAGUCGUCUUCUAAGCUUGAAAUCAAUUGUAGACGAUAUAUAAUACCGAGUAAUGAAUAUAUAAGUGAAUAAUUAAACUGUUGCGUCAUUCUAAGACUCGUCAGUGAAACUAGUAUGUCAUUGGCCAGCAAAGUGGCUAGGGAAAUUACAAUAGGCCUAAAGAGAUGAUAAACUGCUAAUACAGAUAUCCUCCUAUAUUAGAUCGGUUUGGUAAAUAGUGGAUGUUUUGAUACUUUGGUUAGUCGUUUUCUUUUUUAUUUCUACCGCAAAAUGUUAAUGAGUUGAACAAAACCUUUAUAUAGAUACAUAUAUAAGAGAAUCGGAUAACAAUUGAUGGAAUAUCUCGUUUCAUUAUUUUGUAAUUUCGAUAUUUCCGAAGAUUAAAUUGUCGUUACCUCUCAAGUGAUGGCAAAACUGUUCACAAAAGUUUUACUGAAUAGGACAUUGAUGAUAUCCAAAGACGUGUGUAUACAGUGAAUAUGUUUUGCAUGUCUGAUCGUUGAUGUUUCGAGUGUUUUCAUAGAUAGCAAAUAAAGAAUUAGCCCUUCAAUUGUCUAUAUACAUGAUGAUGCAUGGGUUUCCAUUUCAUGUAAGAUUGCAUUUUGGUAAGCUUUUGGCGAAUGGUAGUUUUAUUUAUUGGGUAUUUAUUAGAUAUGAAAUGAUGCGAUUGAACAACUAAAUAUAGGGUAUACACAGGGGACGAUAUGUACACAUCUCUGACAUUAGGCUGAGGGCGUUAUGUUCUGUAUUUUAUGGUAUUUUCACUCUUCAAAGAAAAAAAUUGCAUGUCAAACUUUAUUUCGACACUUUUGUAGAAAUCGGUUCUUUGAUCCAUUGAGUGUUGAUAUAUAUCGUUUAGUGUCGAAGUAUACCAUUAUUUAUAAUAAAUGGCUGUGAUAUAUUGAAUAUCCUUGAAAACUAGUCCUGCGUGAAGCGUGGAAACCGCUUUCGUAGCACAGCAACUGCUGAAAGUAAUAUCAACCACCGAUCCAUGUACUUAUAUAUGUAAUUAAGGGCUGAUUUGUUUUAAACAAAAAAAUAUCUUGAUAUCAGAGCGUUUGAUUAAUUGAACUUAGAACGAUAGAGUUAUAUUUUCAUCAGUUUACUUUGUUAGAUUUAGUGUUUAACAGAGGUUUCUAUUCACGAUCCUGUUAGUCUACUUAAAAUUAGACUUGUAAUAUUCCGCUCCUCUAUGAUACUCUACGAUACAUUGCAAUAUAAGGGAUAUUGUUAGAUCUUGUGUUGCAGUGUAUCGUUAAGUAUCGUAGAGGUGUGGUAAUAACAAGUCUAAUUCUAAUUAGAUUGCGAUUUUGCGUAAAGGUAAUAUUUUGUUACUACGACAUUCAAGCAAUUAGUAGAAACAAGAAGGUUUCAACAAACAAGGAAGUUUUUUAAGGUCAUGUUUGAAAGCAAUACCAAAGGGAAUGAUAUUGGUUAUAGCAACAUCGUGAUCUAUUGUGUUAUGACAAAGGGUUGGUUUGUCUAGUACGAAUGACUAAUCAGCACCGAUUGGUAUCCCGCCUACGACGAUGAUGAUGAAAAGGAAGGGUGUAUGGCGUGGGUUGAAAUAAAUAUUUGUUAUUGUUAGUGCGAAGUUAUUGUCGAAAGAAUCCACUCAUUUUCGAAUGAGUCCACUCAUUGUCGAAAUCAUCCCCUCACAAUUGAAACAAUCCUCCCAUAGGCUGUCAUUCAUUCUUUCAUUUUCCAAAACAUUCAGUCGUUGUCCAAACCAUCAUCUCAUUGUUAAGCAUCCACUCACUGUACAGAAUUAUCCAAUCAAAUCUGAGUUGGGGAAACUUGUUGAUACGGCAGAAAACUGGUGUCAGACGUUCAUGAUUGGUGUCAGACGUUCAUGACUGGUGUCAGAAGUUCAUAACUGGUGUCCGACGUUCAUGACUGGUGUCUGACGUUCAUGACUGGUGUCUGACGUUCAUGACUCGUGUCUGACGUUCAUGAAUGGUGUCAGACGUUUAUGACUGGUGUCAGAAGUUCAUAACUCGUGUCAGACGUUCAUGACUGGUGUCAGAAGUUCAUGAAUGGUGUCCGACGUUCAUGACUGGUGUCUGACGUUCAUGACUCGUGUCUGACGUUCAUGAAUGGUGUCAGAAGUUCAUGAAUGGUGUCUGACGUGCAUGACUCAUGUCUGACUUCAUGAAUUGUUUUGUUCUUUAUUGUGUGAUUUCACUGACGUAUACAUCUACGUUGUGAAGUUAUACAUGUCCGUGUUGUUGAAUCAUUGUUAUGUUAUUGUGAUAAAGUGGAGGUUUAUAUUAAAUUUGUUUUGUUAUUUA